GCGCCACAUCGCGGUGAGCGUGGGUCUCCGGAAGGACACGGAGCAGGUCCAGACCAGCCGCUGCUGCUGCUACUUCGAUGCACCCACGAGGAAAGAUGGUGAAAGAAACUGGGUACUACGACCUGCUGGGCGUCAAGCCCUGUGCCACGAUGGAAGAGAUCAAGCGCGCCUAUCGACGGCUGGCCCUGAGGUAUCACCCGGACAAGAACCCCAGCGAGGGGGACCGGUUCAAGCAGAUCUCGCAGGCCUACGAAGUAUUGUCGGAUCAACACAAGCGGUCGCUGUAUGAUCGUGGCGGGGAGCGGGCCAUGAAGGAAGGGGGCUUGGGGGGCAGAGGAGGUUUCGGGCCCCCCAUGGACAUCUUCGACCUGUUCUUUGGAGGAGGGGGCCGCGCUCACGGACCCCGGGUGGAGAGGAGAGGAAAGACGGCCGUCCACCAGUUGUCUGUGACCUUAGAGGACCUCUAUAAUGGCGCUACUCGAAAGCUCUCCUUGCAGAAGAACGUCAUUUGCAGAAGCUGUGGGGGCCGUGGAGGCAGAGAAGGCCUCGACACGAGGUGCUCCAAGUGCCACGGCUCUGGCGUGGAGGUCAUCAUGCACCAGCUGGGGCCAAACGUGGUCCACCACAUCCAGACGAUGUGCUCACAGUGCCAGGGGCAAGGGGAGUGGAUGCGGCCCCUGGACCGUUGCCUCACCUGCAACGGCAGGAAAGUCACCCGCGAAAAGAAGGUCCUCAACGUUCACCUGGAUAAAGGCAUGGCCGACAGGCAGAAGAUCACCUUCCACCAGGAGGGCGACCAGGUCCCCGGCUUCGAGCCCGGAGACAUCGUCAUCGUCCUGGACCAGAAGCCGCACCCCGUCUUCCAGCGCCGGGGCAACGACCUCAUCAUCAAGAGGGAAGUGGCGCUGGUGGACGCCCUGUGCGGCUGCAAGCAGGUCGUUCAGACGCUCGACAACCGGAGGCUGCUGGUCUCCUCGCGGCCAGGGACCAUCAUCAAACCAGGGGAUGUGAGGUGCAUCCCCAACGAAGGGAUGCCUGUCUAUCGGAGCUCGACCCAGAGGGGGAAGCUGAUCAUUCACUUCCAGGUGAAGUUCCCAGAGCCCGGCUGGCUGCCCAACCACCAGCUCCGUCAGUUCCAAGCCUUCUUCCCCCACCGCGAAGAGGUCAUGGCCACCGAAGACACGGAAGAGGUGGAGCUGAGGGAGUAUUUCCCCCAGCCGGAUUUUGGCGGGAGGCGCUUCCCUGGCGAGGUCUACCACGAGGAUGACUUUGAAGACCCCAUGCGGCACAACGUCCAGUGCCACACGUCGUAGCACCACAGGCUGAGCCCACGUGUGGCCUUCCGGGGGGGGGGGAGGGGAACUCGGCUGCCCGGAGGGAGCAAGUGCGCAGGACAGCCACUGCCUUGCUCUGAAGCCCUCUGCGAGAGCAGGGGCAGGGGGCGGGGAGGGUCUACGCCUUGGCAGCCACCACCCAAAGAGAGGCGCAGGGGGGUUCCUGGCCUCCAGUGCCGCCCCGGGCUCACCACCACUCCCACCUGCUUCCCCCCUCCCACCAAGGAUACGUUGGGGUGCUCCGUGGAGCGGGUGCUGGACCUAGAGAAGCCACAGAGAGCUGUGUGUUCUGGAAUGCUGCGCUAGAGAUACCACACCCACACACCCAGGCCUGCUGGAGCCAGAAACGGCGGCAGAGACGUUUCCCUGGCAUACCUCUCCGCUUCCGAAGGCAGAACAGGGUUGUUUCAUGGGAUCUCCGUUUCAGAAUAAGAAAAGGAGGGUUCUGUGGCCAGCCAAUUCCCACUCACUCCAUGCUGGCUCUGCAUCCAUUCUCUCGCACUGCCUUUGCAGGGUUUGCUUCUUCGGGGUCUGCUGGGCCUUGCUGUGUAGAAGGUGGGGCAGGUCCUGGGUGGCUCUGGGAGAGGUGGGUGGUGGUGGUGGGGGGGGGGGGGCGGCAGCCCUCUCCUGCAGUUUCUGAAGCCUUUUGCAAAGGCCAUCGGCCAAACCGCUCUGGAGAAGCUGUGAGGCCUGGAAGGACGGAGCUCGGCUUCUCCCAGGGCUGCAGGCCGCUCCGCUCGUAGCAGCCCUCCGUCGGCUGUGGCUCUUGAGCUGCAGAAGGGCGUGCUGGGGGCGGGCCUGCCGCCUUCCUGCUCUCAUGGGCAGGGGCCAGCAAGGAAACCUCCCUGCUGUGCUGCAGAGGGCUCUAGGCUUCUGCCCACCCGCUGCCUGCUCGCCAAGCCAAUGCCCCGCCCGGACGUGCUCUGGUGGGCGAAGGGGCUGGUGAGCCCAGCCCCCGGCCUCACCCCUUGUAUUUCCUUCUGAUUGUCGUGUGUGCACACAUGGGCUGGUGGGAAGCUCUGAGCAGCUGGGUCCCUGAUGCAGCCUAUGGCAAGGACGGGGCUCUGUAAGGCACACGUGUGCACACACACACACACACACACACACACACACACACACACACACGGGGAAUUGGACUGCCCUGCCCCGGAGAGUUUCCUGGGGUGGGUGGGUGAAACGUGACCAAAGUGUUUUGAUGGAAGUGACUGUGUGGAUAAUUGCAGGCUUUUAUUGCUCUAGAUAAUGUGUGCCUGUGAUUUUAAGCAUCCAGAGGGUUUUAUAGUGAGGAUUAACUUGUUUGCCCUCACUGUGAUCCAGAGAGGCAGGUCGCUGCUGUUCCCAUUUUACAGAUGGGGAACUGAAAAAUAGGGCUAGUGGAAGGUGGCCAGCUAGGUCUCCGUCGCAGAGGAAAGGGGACUUUGUCCCCCACAAGCCUGUGUGAGGUUAGGGUUGGGGGGUUGGGGACAAGGGCUCAGGAUCUCUGCUUGUCAUUAAAGGGUGGAGCAUAGUAGGAAGGCGCUGAGGAUUUAAACCCAGAGGCACGUUCUAGGCCAAAAGGCAGCUGUUAGUAAGCCAGAGUUACCGAGGGAAAGAAAAGGAGCUGUUUCUAGUUCUGGCCCCCGAAGGCAGCCUUCCCGUGCCCUGGGCUGGGAAAAAGAUAGCAGAAAUGGCAGAACGUAGAGAAAUGUUUCAAAUCUAGUUGGUUUGCAGAAUUUAUACCAACUGCGGAAUCCCAUUUUUCUUGGCUCAGGAUUUAAUUUUUAAAAGGUGGAAUCAAUAUACACAGUCCAGGCUGCGUUGGCAAGAAACCCCCCCCCACACACACCUCAGGUGCAAAGAGCGCCAUGCAGAGGACGCUGGGUUAACAUCAGGGCUCCCCCCCCCCCACCGCCCCCUCUGGCCUCCGGAGCUACUAACAUCAUGCAAAAUCAAAUGCAGUUGUGUAAAAAGACAACCAAGCAACAUGAAACAUUAUCUGGUAAUAGAAUAAUGACAGUAAACUCAUCCAUAAAUGUUCAGCUCCAUGCCUAAGAAAACACCGUGGCGUGUGCCUGCCUGCCUACCUGCCUCUGGAGCUCAGCCUGUGGGGGACGGGGGCGUCUCUGGCCUGCAUCCGGCGUGAGCGUGAGGCAAAAUCCAUUCCACACCUGGCCACGGAGCAGCCGGGCCCUCCUGAAAUUGGGCUUUCAACUGGGGAGCCUGGCUUUGCAGUUCUUGGUUAAAAAGCCCCACCAGCCUGUUGCUCCGGAAGAGCACGGAGGGAGCAGGGCCCUCUUGCCUCUGCCGCGGCGUGGCUUGAGCCCUGCUCUGGGAAGGCUUUUGCGCGUUUCCUAGGGGUGGGGUGGCUGCAGUGGGAAUGGAUCAGGCCCAUUUUGUCCUGAAAGGAUUCGUUCUCUCUUGCCAUGGACUUGCAGCCUAAAUUAGGCUUUGUAAAGUUGGCAGCGUAUGCUAAUUUUUUACAUGCAGAAAGGGGGGGGGAGAGGAAUCCGCCCCCAUUAAUUUAUUUUUUAAAGUGGUUUUGACUCAGCAUCUCUUUUGGCAAUGCUUUGUAGGUGGAAUUAAAAUUAACUGUCAACAUCUGA